AUGGCAUCAAUGGCUUCACUAGAUAUUUUCUCAGAAGGGGAGCAGUUCGAUCCCAAAAGGCUGCAAGAGAAAAUGCGGAUAAACAGGCAUGCAUUUUCUGGUGGACAAGAUUCAAUAGAGAAACAUAAAGAACUUAGAGCAAAUCUCGAGCUUACAGGUGUUGAUAUGUUGAAUACAAUUGGCUACAUAUAUGCCAGAAAGUCAGCAAAAGAGCUAAAGGUAAAGAUGUCUUUGUUUGUACGUAGACAGUAA